CCCACUUGAGCGUUCUUGCGACCCCUUUCAGGCACGGACAGAGCAAGCGCACACACAUCGCCUGCGCAGUCACGCACACGGGCACCCUAACCGCUAAGCCUCGAGUACGGAGUCAGCUUUUCCUCACUCAACCCGCUACUUCCCCAAACAGCAAGUUCAGCGUCCUGUUUAGCUCACAACUUUUCUCAGCACAGGUGGUGUCCGUGAUGGCGCCCCUCGCGCGCCUCGCUUUACUGCUGUUAGUUUCUGCCGUGCUUUUGCUUCCGGUGUCGGCAAAAGAGGCCGCGAGCAGCGGCGGGGUGAACGGCUUCAGCCUGCAUCCGCCGUAUUUCAACCUGGCCGAGGGCACCAAGAUCACUGCCACUGCCACCUGCGGAGAAGACGAGGCUGGAAAGAGCGUGCCCGACCUCUACUGCAAACUGGUCGGCGGACCGGUUUCUGGAGACCCGGGACAGACCAUCCAGGGCCAGUACUGUGACAUCUGUCGCCAAGGCGACAGCGACCGUGCCCACCCCAUCACAAACGCCAUUGACGGCACUGAGAGAUGGUGGCAGAGCCCGCCGCUGUCACGCAGUACAGAGUUCAACGAGGUCAACGUCACGCUGGACCUUGGACAGCUCUUCCAUGUGGCCUACGUGCUCAUCAAGUUCGCCAACUCUCCGCGUCCAGACCUGUGGGUUCUGGAAAGGUCGGUGGACUUCGGUCAGACGUACCAGCCAUGGCAGUACUUCUCCUCCUCCAAGCGAGACUGCAUCGAGCGCUUUGGACAGCAAACCAUCGAGAGGAUCUACAACGACAACGACAUCGUUUGCACCACCGAAUAUUCCCGAAUUGUUCCUUUGGAAAAUGGAGAGAUUGUGGUGUCGCUGGUGAACGGCCGUCCUGGAGCGAUGAACUUCUCCUACUCCCCCGUGCUGCGGGACUUCACCAAUGCCACCAACAUCCGCCUGCGCUUCCUGCGCACCAACACUCUACUUGGACAUUUGAUGGGGAAAGCCUUGCGAGAUCCCACUGUCACACGCCGGUACUAUUACAGUAUCAAGGACAUCAGCAUUGGUGGACGCUGUGUGUGUAACGGACACGCUGAAGCAUGUAGUGCUAAGGACCUCAACGACCCUUACAAGCUUCAGUGCGACUGUCAGCACAACACUUGCGGCGCAUCAUGUGACCAAUGUUGCCCUGGAUACCAACAGUUGCCAUGGAAACCGGCCACCACUUUCAGCGCCAACGAGUGUGAACCAUGCAACUGUCACCGCCACUCGUUUGACUGCUUCUACGACAACGAAGUGGCUCAGCGGCAUGGCAGCCUCGACAUCCGUGGAGACUACCGUGGGGGCGGAGUCUGCCUCAACUGCCAGCAUCACACCAGCGGCAUCAACUGUGAGCGCUGCAUCCUUGGAUAUUACAGAACACCGGACACAACCAUUGACUCACCAUUAGCCUGCACACCCUGUGACUGUGACUCUCUGUUCAUGGACGGGACGUGUGAGGACAAAACGGGAAGAUGCUUCUGCAAAGAAAAAUACGCUGGUGACAACUGCGACCAGUGUGCUGAUGGCUUUGUCAACUUCCCAGAGUGUUACCCAGCAGUUUUCCCCACGUAUCCAAGCAACAACAAUGGUGAGGCCAAACCAGCCGGAGAGAUCAUUAAUUGUGAGUGUAGCGCAGCUGGCACUAUUGACAACUCAUGCAGACCCGAUCCUCAAAGCAGAAUAUGCUUGUGCAAGCCUGGCUUCACUGGUGACCACUGUGACAUGUGUGCGCCGGGUUUCCAUGGACUCAACUGCCAGGCGUGUCAAUGUUCAGGUCCCGGUUGCCUGGAUGGUUCCUGUGACACGCUACUGGGUCACCAUGUGUGUCGCAGUGGUUUCCACGGUUACAAUUGUGAACAGUGUGCACAAGGCUACUUCAACUACCCACUGUGUCAACUGUGCGGUUGCAGUUCUGUGGGCUCGCUGCCUGAGGUGUGCGACCCAUCCGGUCGCUGUCUAUGCAAAGCUGAAUUCCAGGGUCCUCGGUGUGAACGGUGCCGAUCUGGAUUCCACUCUUACCCCAAUUGUCAAGUGUGCACGUGUGACCCUCGCACCUCAUAUGAGACCAGCUGCACGGCGUUGGGACAGUGCCACUGCCGACCUAACUACAGCGGGGCUUCAUGUGACCAGUGUGCGCCCGGUUACUAUGGCUACCCCAGCUGCACACCAUGCCAGUGUUCCACAGAAGGUUCUCGCUAUAAUAGCUGUGAUCAAGUGACCGGUCAGUGUGUGUGUCUGCACAACAUUCGUGGCCUACGCUGUGACAGCUGCGCUCGCGACAGCUAUGGCUUUCCAAACUGUCAAGCUGGCACAUGUCAUCCUGCUGGUUCCAUUCACUACGGCGUUCCUCCUCCUGUGGGCCAAUGUGAGUGCCGUGAUGGCGUUGACGGCGUGGCCUGUGACCGCUGUAAACCUCUGUACUGGAACUUGUCCCCCAACUCUCUUGAUGGUUGCACAAAGUGUGAGUGUAACAUCGCAGGAACGCUGAGCGGUGUUGCCGAGUGUGCACAGGACAGCGGUCAGUGUCACUGUAAGCCAAACAUCUGCAGCAGCACCUGCGCCGCAUGCCAAGAUGGCUUCUACAACCUGCAGGAGCACAGCUACUUUGGCUGCCAAGGGUGCCAGUGUGAUAUCGGUGGCUCCGAAGGUCAAUCAUGUGAUGAGCGACGCGGCCGCUGUCACUGUCGACCCAACGUACAUGGACUCAAGUGCAACUUAGCCGCUGUGGAUCAUUAUUUUCCUGAUCUUCACCACCUCAAGUUUGAGGUGGAAGAGGGCACCAUGUUGGAUGGCCGGCCGGUACGCUUCGGCUACGACCCUGUGGAAUUCCCUGGCUUCAGCUGGAGGGGUUAUGCUCAAAUGUCCCCCAUCCAGUCCAAGGUGCUGGUGCCGGUGUGGGUGGGCUCUCCAGACCUCUUCCGCAUGGUUCUGCGCUACACCAACAUGGCAGGUGUAGAAGUCCGGGGUCAGAUAUCGGUGCUGGAGGAUGAUGGGAAAAACUUCUGCCGCAACUGUUCCGAGCAAUCCAAGCAGAUUGUCUUCGCUCCCACCACGGGGCCAAGUUUCGUCAACAUUCCCCAGAACAACUUUGUGGAACCUUUUGUUCUCAAUCCUGGAGCUUGGACUGUGCUCAUCGAAGCUGAAGGAAUUCUGCUGGAUUUUUUGGUCCUUCUGCCCAGCGCCUACUAUGAGGCUCCCAUCCUGCAAAUGCAUAUCACAGAACCAUGCAUGUUUGGGUCUCCAACAGACACCAGCCACAACAGUUGCCUACAAUACACGUACUUGUCUCUGGACGCCUUCCACUCUUUGUCUGGCAUCGAUGCCAUUUGUCGCCAUGACAACCAUCUGCCACGCCUCUGCCCCACCCAAAAGGUUACUCUACGCCAUCCCGACAUGGCCGUCUGCAGCGGCUACGACAUCAGCGUGGAGAUGCGAGCCAAAGUGAAGACCAGGGGCAUCUACGUACUAGUGGUUGAAUACGCGAACAUGGAGGAGUCGCCACAAACGCUCGCAGUCACCUUCAACUUGCCAGGAGCCCAAACACGUCAAUACAGUGUUACUCUUUUACGCUGUGCCUUCAGCUUCCUGUGUCGAGUGGUCGCCGUCGAUGAACACAAGCGAGUGGCACUCUUCUCUCUGCCAGGUGACACGGAGCUCCAGCUGUCUGCCGAGAGCGCAACCUUUUUCUUGCACAAAAUCUAUCUGGUUCCUCAAGAGCACUUCUCCAUGGAGCAUGUGGAUCCUAAAGUCCUUUGCAUCAGCACUCACGGACACUUCUCUCACGACAGCUCCUCCUGUGUUCCCUCGCGCUUCCGAAUGCCGUCCAACUCGCUGGUCCUGAAGGAGGGUCAGAGCGCCAACAUGCAAGAGCCCAUCUUGGACUCCCACAACACCGCUACCCCUCUGCCUGGUCCCCAGAGGGAGCCAUCAGCCCGGUCAGCAGCAGAGCUACCGCCCAAGGCAGCCGACAAUGGCGACCACGUCAGACUGGACUCGCUGCAGAAUGCAGCAGUGUACUCUACGCAUGUCCACACACUGGGACGCUAUGUCUUCAUUAUCCACUAUCACCAACCUCUGCACCCCACUUACCCAAUCCAGGUCUACAUCAACGCCGGGCAUAUCUGGAAAGGCCAUGCCAAUGCCUCCUUCUGCCCACACGCAUAUGGCUGUCGAAAUGUCCUGGUGUCAGAAAACCAGAUCAUCCUUGACGUGAGUGACCACAAGCUCUUCCUCACUGUGCAGGUUCCUGUGAAUAAAACACUGUGGCUGGACUACGUGCUAGUGGUGCCUGAGUCGAGCUACAGCUCCAGCUAUCUGAGUGAGGAGUCUCUGGACAAAUCCUAUGACUUCAUUAGCAGCUGCGGCCUGAACAGCUUCUUCAUCAAUCCAUCCAGCACUUCGUCCUUCUGCCUCCGUGCCGCCACGUCACUGUCGGCCUUUGUCAACAAUGGCGCGCUGCCAUGCGCUUGUCAUGAGGUCGGCGCCGAAAGCGAUGCCUGUGAACCGUUUGGCGGCCAGUGCCGCUGCAAGCCUAACGUGAUUGGUCGAGACUGCUCCAUGUGCGCCACGGGGUACUGGGGCUUCCCCGACUGCAGGCAGUGUAACUGUGGCACCAGGCUGUGUGAACCUAUGUCAGGGGAAUGCAUCUGCCCGCCACGGACACUGCUGCCUGAGUGCACCCAGUGCGAGCCACAGACGUUUGGCUGCCAUCCGCUGGUUGGCUGUGAGGUGUGCAACUGCUCCCAGCCCGGAAUUGUGGCACCUUAUGUCAGCUGUGACAACCUCAGCGGACAGUGCAGAUGCAAGAACAACGUGGUGGGUCGCCAAUGUGACCGCUGCGCAUCUGGUUUCCAUGGGUAUCCAAAUUGCCAACCAUGUGACUGCAAUGAGGCAGGAACUGAGGAGGAAGUAUGCAACUCUUUCACUGGACAAUGUCUGUGCAAGGAGAACGUCCAGGGUUCUCGCUGUGAACAGUGCAGAGUUGGCACAUUCCACUUGGACCCAACCAACCCCAAAGGUUGCACCAGCUGCUUCUGCUUCCGUGCCACAGAUCGCUGCAGGAGUUCAGACAAGAGACACAGCGAGAUCAUGAGCAUGGAAGGCUGGGUGCUACUCAGUGCCGACAAACAGGAAGUACCAGUCAACGUGUAUCCGGAUCAGGACUUGGUGGAGGCUGACCUUAGCGACAUUCCUGAUGUGUACCAGGACCUUCACUGGCAUGCCCCGAAGACCUACCUGGGUGACAAGGUGUCAUCUUACGGCGGUUACCUGAGAUAUCGUCUUAACACGCAGACCAUGAGAGGAGAUGUUUGGUCCCCUUCUGUUGAACCUCCAAGACCUGACAUCAUCCUCAAGGGCAACCAGAUGACAUUGGUGUACUUGGAGCGUGAAUAUUCUUCUCCCGCUGAGCCGCAUUUGGGAAUUGUGCACAUGGUUGAGGGAAGUUUUCGGCAUGCUCAGACUGGCAACUCCGUCUCCAGAGAGGAGCUCAUGAUGGUUCUGGUGGCUUUGGAGUCCCUGCAGAUACGAGCCCUUCAUUCCCAGUCGGCCCACUCUGUGUCGCUGCGCGGCGCCGUGCUGGAGGGUGCAGAGAGCUUGCCGGCUGGUCGCCACGCUAACAACGUGGAGCUCUGCAUGUGUCCUGCCAGCUACCUGGGAGACUCCUGUCAGAAAUGUGCUCCAGGUUUCUACAGGGAUGCCAUCGGCCUCUUCCUGGGAAAAUGUGUGCCCUGCAAUUGUCACGGACAUUCGGAUCAGUGUUUGGACGGAUCGGGAAUCUGUUUGAACUGUCAACACAACACAGCCGGCGACCAUUGUGAGAAAUGCCAGGGUGGUUUUGUCGGCAACAUCAGUGUGGAUGGGCAAGUGCAGUCAUGUUCUAGUUGUCCAUGCCCACUUACGGUGCCAUCCAACAAUUUUGCUCAAGGUUGCGUGGAGAAGAACGAGCAUAUGCAGUGCUUGUGCAUGCCCGGUUACGCCGGGCAACACUGUGAAAGGUGCGCCCCCGGUUAUUAUGGUAACCCUAUGGUGCUGGGCAGCACAUGCCAGCCCUGCAAUUGCAACGGCAAUACAGACCCCAACAUGCUAUUCACGGACUGCCACCCACUGACGGGCGAGUGUCUGAGCUGCAUGCACAACACAACCGGGCCUCGUUGCAACGAGUGCGCUCCUGGUUACUAUGGUGAUGCCAUCUCUGCCAAAAACUGCACCCAAUGCAGUUGCUCACCAUGUGGUACCGAGUCAUGUGACCCGCACACUGGGCAGUGCCGCUGCAAACCCGGGGUGAUUGGAUCUCACUGCCACCAAUGUCAGGACGGCUCGUUUGGCUUCGAGUCAUGUGUCGGGUGCCGUCUGUGCGACUGUGGCGCUUCUGCAGCACUAGUGCAGCCUUGUGACCACCAGAGCGGUCAGUGCAAGUGCCAACCAGGAGUCAACGGACCCAACUGUCGCCAGUGUGCUCCCGGAUUCUGGGGCUAUGGCGCUGAUGGAUGCAAGCCGUGUCACUGUAGGGGCGGUCAGUGCGACCCGCGGACCGGAGAGUGCCACUGUCGGGACGGGAUGACGGGAAAACAGUGUGAAAUCUGUUCGCAUGAACACAAUGUUCUUGUCACGCACGGUCACGACCUACACUGCGAAGCAUGUGAUAGCUGCGUCGUCGUCCUGCUGGAUGAUCUGCACAAGAUCGACUUUGACUCCCUUGCUGCACAGCUGCACAACCUCAAUGCCAGCACCAUGGCCUGGACGCAGCUGCACAAGCUCAACACAUCAGUGAAUGCCGUUGCUCAUGCCAUCGAGAAGUACAACACCUCGUUGGAUGGCAGCCGCCAUGGCGCCAUCGUACUGGAAGGCGAGAUUGUGAACAUUAGCGCCGAUGUGGACAUGCUGCAGGACAAGACUGUUCCGAUGGCUGAGCAUCUCAGCGAGCUGACAAACAGCACCUUGAACACUCACCAGAGGGCGCACAACAUGCUCGAAGAUAUCCACAUGGUGACCAUGGAUUUAAAUGACAUCAUGCGCAUGGCAAAUUGGUCGCUCAAUAACACAGAAGUAGAUCAGGACAGAGGCGAUCAGAAGAGGAAGAUGGAGGAGGUGGAGACCAUGUUGGGCAAAAUGAGAAGCAGAAGCUGCACAGGACAGAAGAAAAUGGCCGACCGGGAGAAGAUGUUAGCGGACAAACUGUUGGAGCGUGUCGACAAGGACUUGGCGCGUCGCCAGGAGGACAACGUGAAUGUGGGUGAAACCGCCAAAGAGUUCCUGUCCCGCAUUCACAAUGGCAUGAUGGCACUGCGGGACGCCCUGAACGAGUCAAUCAACAAGACGGCCCAAGCCACUGAGGUCAACAAUAGCAACCAGAAGAUGCUGCAGGACAGCAAGAGGAAAGUGGAUGAGCUGACAUCGAAACGCAAAGAAGCAGAUGAGCAGCUGCACAUGGCGGAAGACCACGUUGCUCAAGUCAACGAGCUGCUGUCUAUGCUGCAUGACUCCACAGAGGAUUAUGAGCGUUUGGCAGCGCAGCUCGAUGGUGCCAGGACACCAUUGUCCAAGAAAGUGCAGGAUUUCACUUGGGCCACCUUAAAGAUACCCCUGGUGGAGGAAGCUGAGCACCAUGCUGACAUGCUACACGCCUUAUCUGCAAACCUGUCCAAGUUUGUGGAAGAAACAAAGACCGAGGGUUUGGUGGACAUGACCAAGGCCUACAACAAUAUCGUCAACAGCAUCAAAGCAGCCGAGACGGCAGCGGACGAGGCAGACGAAGACGCGAGCAAGACAAUGGAGAACAUCGGUAACCAGAACCUCGGCCACAUGGUUGAGUCUCUGUGGAACCGCAGUGUGGGGUUGAAGGAGGAAGUAGAAAACCUCAGCGAGGAACUCAACAAUGAGUUAAGACCUCAGCUGGAAGGUGCGAAGAAGCGACUGAACGAUGCCAAAACCAAACAAAAUCAAGUGGUCACAAACUUCCAUACGGUCCAGAACAGCCUGAACUCCUCCUCCAAUGUCAGUCAGGGCAUUGACAUGGCCAAGCAAGCGGUGGAUCAGGCCACCGCAUCGAUCUCCCAAGUCAAUGAUGUCCUGCGUCCAAUCAGAGAGCAGCUGGACCAGUGGCAGCAGACUUACGGUGAUAGCAACACCACCAACAAGGACGUCAACGAAGUUCUGAUGGAGGCCAACAAGACGGUGAGCAUGCUGGGCGACACUAUCCCGCUCCUUCUGAACAAGCUGGACAAGCUACACAACCGCUCUGUGCAGUCACCAAACAUCUCAAUGAGCAUCAACCGCAUCCGACAGCUUAUCCAGCAAGCUCGGAACGCUGCUAGCAAGGUGAGCGUUCCUGUCAAGUUCAAUGGCGCAUCUGGCAUUCAGGUGCGCACCCCACCCAACCUGGCAGACCUAGCGUCCUAUACCUCCCUCAAGUUCUACAUCACAUUGCCCGAAGCAGCGCGCUCACGCCGACAAGACGACGGCGCCAAGCAGUUUGUCUUCUACCUCGGCAACAAAGAUUCCUCGAAGGACUUCCUGGGAAUGGUGCUGGAGGGGAAGAGGCCGCGCUGGUACUUCAACAUCGGAGGUGAAACGGCAGAUGUGUUGAUGUCUGAGGAGGUCCAGUCCAAUGGCAAUUUUAACAGUGUGGUCCUGGAGAGGAUCCUGCAGUAUGGUCAAAUGUCCAUGUCUUCGGAGGCCUCGGAAGGCGAGCAGAGGGUCACCAAAGCCUACGUGGAGGCGGGAGGAGAUCAAGGGCUUCUCAAUCUUUUGACCAGUGACACCGUCUUCUAUGUGGGGGGGUACCCCAAUACUUUUAAGCCCCCUCCCCCGCUAGCUCUGCCCAGCUUUAGAGGCUGCAUGGAGUUGGACACGCUCAAUGAGGAAGUGCUCAGCUUGUAUAACUUUGAGGAAAGCUUCCAGCUGAACACCACGCAAGAGAAGCCAUGCGGCAGGUCCAAGCCAACGCUAACACAGGCCUGGGUGAACGACGCCGCUUAUUUUGACGGCACCGGCUUUGCCGAAAUCUCCUUCAGCGAUGAGUUGGCGCGCAUGCAGCGCUUCGAGCAGGAAGUCAAGCUGAUCUCCCACGAAGGGAUUUUGUUGCUGCUUCAAAACAAAGACCAGUUCCUGUGUCUGGCCGUGGUCCGAGGCCACUUGAAGGCUUUCUUCCAGUUAAGCGGUGAGAUGGAGGAGUUUCAGCCCAAGGAUCCCACAUCCCCGCUCCUGAGGGUCAGCGACGCCAGUCCCAAUGUGCUGGAGAUAAUAAUCCUACGAUCUCCUCCGUACCGAGUGGUGGUGAGGAGCAACCGCAUCCAGCUCUUCACGCACGUUUUCUCUGAGAACAUCCCAGCCUUUGGACGCACAUACUUUCUGGGAGGAGUCCCCGAACACAAUAUGCCAGACAGGUUGCGGCCCUUGUUUCCCGAGCAGGGCUCUCUAAAGGGAUGUUUCCGAAACGUCAAGGCCCAAAAUUCCCACAUCGACCUGAAGAGGAUGAAAAGCUCUGGAGUCAGUUUUGGAUGUGACGGCGACUUGCUGGUGGCUCGUGAGGCUCACUUCUCGGGUCAGAGCUACCUGGACUUGGCACUGAGCAACGUUCCUGGGCUCAGGAGCAACUUCUAUGCCAGCUUCAGCUUUAGGACAGAGUACAAGGAUGGACUCGUGUUCUUCCAUCACGAUAAGGACGGCAUUUGCCAGGUGUUCCUGAAUGAAGGUCACGUGGUGGUGAGAGCAGGCAACACCGAGGUGAAGACACAGAAGACGUACAACGACAACAACAUCCAUUACGUGGCCAUCUACAACAACAUCAACGGUGUGCGUGUUUAUAUGAAUGACGUGCUGGAGAAGUCCAAGGAGGGGCUCUGGCUGGACACCAGGAGCCGUGGUUUGGCCAGCUUGGAGGGGCGCACCUUCUUGGGGGGCAUGCCCGAUCAGGGCCUACGCAACCUGACAGGAUGCAUCAGCAAUGUCUUCAUCAGGAGGGAUACCAGUCCUCAGAUGGUGGUGAAUCUGCUGAAGGUCAGAGAAAAUGUCAAUGUUCCUCUCAACUGUCCUGCCGCCUCAAAGCCUCAGCAGAUUGUGUCCGUGCCACCCAAACACAACAGCAAGCCCAAGGGAAAAAACAAGAAGCUGUCAGGGUCACGUAGUCGCAACAUCAGAGAGUCGUGCCAGGACGUGUUGCUGGAGCAGGAAUUGGGAGCCGUGCAAUUUAGUGGGUCAACGCUAAGCUACCAACGCUUCGACUCAGUUCCUGCUUCCCUGAGCAUCAAGCCUCACAUCUCACUUGCCGUAAAGAUCAACUCAUCGGAAGGUUUGAUCCUCUACACGUCUGGCGGCGUCCUGUCGCUUGCCGUGUCGGAGGGUCAUUUGGUGCUGUCUCUAGGAAGGAAGAGGAAGGUUGGCCUGCGCAGCCGCACCAAGACGGACGACCAUCAAUGGCACACGGUGUUCAUUAAGCGUGACACGGAUAAAGUCAGUAUGAUCGUGGAUGGGAUCAGCGCUCAGUCCAAGAAGCUUCCUGCAGGAGACCGCACGCGUAUCAGUGCUCCGUUAUUUGUGGGAGGAGUGCCACAGCAAUCUCCAAUGUCUGAUGCCCACUCUGGCUUUACCGGCUGCGUCCGUGACCUGACGCUGAACGAGAGCCCCGCGGGAAGCCCCGCCUACAGCCAAGGUGUGGUCCCUUGCUUCCAGAAGCCUGUGCAGCCCGGUGCCUUCUUCACAGGAGAGGGAGGACAUGUAGUCGUAGGUGAACUGCUAGUCCUGGGUGGAGACCUGGAGGUCAGAUUGGAAGUGCGUCCGGUGUCAGACUCUGGGCUGUUGUUACAGGCUGGGACGAUAUCUGGCCAGCAUCUGAUAUUGACGCUGCGCAGAGGAGAGGUGAUGCUGUCUAUGAACAGCGGCAAAGGUGAUGUCUUCUUGUCAUUGGCACCGGAAGAGGCACUCUGCAACGGACGCUGGCGCACCAUCGCAGUGGUGAAGAAGAAGAACGUCCUGCAGCUCCAUGUAGAUGCAGACAGUCAACAUGGCGCCGGACCCAAACAUGGCCGUUCAGCAGUGGCCAGAGAAGUGGUUUACCUCGGAGGAGUUCCUGAUGGCGGUACGGCAACACCAGGCCUGCCCGCCUUCCACGGCUGCAUCCGUCAUGUGACCAUCAAUGGUCGCCCCUCUCCAUUCAACAAAGCUCUGUCCGUUCGUGGCAAAGUGGGGACACACGGCUGCCCUAUUGAUUAGCACAAACACACGUGUUUAUGCAUUCUUAGCUUCACAUUCCAUGGGUGCAAAUGGUGGUGGGUGGCGCUUGACAAAUUAAAUUAUAUCUAUUAGGAUAUUUAUUGUCUGUUUUGUAUUUGAUAUCUACAGGGUGCUCCAAUGUGUGUGUGAACUUGCAUUUACACUACAAUCACUUUCACCUGUACACUGAAAUGAUAUUAGCGGAUAUAUCAAUGCAACAUAUCAUUGCAAUUCAGAUACCUCGUACAUACUUCAUGUUCUUGAUAUCGUGAUGUCAUUGCCGUAUUCGAAAGACUACAUCUCGACACUACUUUUAGCUAGAAUUGGGCAGGAUCACAUGAUGUGAGCAUGUGCGUCACGUUAAACUUUCAUGUAUUUACUUUUGUUUCAUGUUUUGCUCUCCUAACCACGUUCACCUUUUGCUUUUGCAUGUCAUUUGGAAUUAAACUUGUAAAACAAAAAAUAA